CCGGAAGUGUUGGCUGUUCGGAAGCUAGCUUGUCCGGGUCGUGUUGGAUCCAAAGCGUCUCUCGGUUCUUCGCUGAGGCGGAGAAAUACGAUGCGGAGCAGCGGCGGAACCGGGGCCCGUGAUCCGGAUCAGUCCAGGACCAGGUCAGCUGAACCCUCAGGCCCGGCUCGGCUCUCGGACGGAAUGACCGCAGCAGCAGCAGCAGCGCCGCCGGCGGAGGAGAGAGACUCGAGCCGCUGAGAGGAGCAGCUAGCAGCGCAGCUAGCAGCGCAGCUAACGGCGCGAUGGCCGCGGACGGAAGCGGAACAAUCCGCAGUCGGAUCAAGAACCUGCUGCGAUCCCCGUCAAUCAAACUGAGGAGGAGGGGCCACACUGCCCGACACAAAGAGGACAUCAGCGGCAAGGUGACCUUGGAGAAGGUUCUGGGAAUCACAGCUCCAGGGAACCGAGCGCUGGCCUGCGACCCCAGAUCUGGACUGUUGGCUUAUCCUGCAGGGUGUGUUGUUGUCCUGCUGAAUCCUCGGAAGAACAAACAGCAUCACAUCUUCAACAGCUCCAGGAAGGCGAUCACCACGUUAGCUUUUUCUCCAGAUGGGAGAUUCGUGGUUACAGGAGAGAGUGGCCACGUGCCGGCGGUCCGAGUGUGGGAGGUGUCAGAGCGUCUUCAGGUCUCUGAGCUGCAGGAACAUAAAUAUGGAAUCUCCUGUGUCACGUUUUCUCCAAAUGGAAAAUACAUCGUCAGUGUCGGAUAUCAACACGACAUGAUGGUCAACGUCUGGAACUGGAAGAAAAACAUCGUUGUUGCAGCCAAUAAAGUUUCCAGUAAAGUGACGGCUGUGUCCUUCUCAGACGACAGCUCCUAUUUUGUUACUGCUGGAAAUCGCCACGUCAAGUUCUGGUAUCUGGAUCACGCCAAGACCUCCAAGGUGAACGCCACCGUGCCUCUGCUGGGGCGUUCAGGGCUGCUGGGAGAGCUCAGGAACAACUUCUUCAGCGAUGUGGCGUGUGGGCGCGGCCGACAGGCCUCCUCCACAUUCUGCAUCACCUCCUCAGGUCUGCUGUGUGAGUUCAACGACCGACGACUCCUCGACAAGUGGGUGGAGCUGCGGAGAGUUGACUCUGCCUCAACGUCUCAGGCCACCUGUCUGUCUGUUACAGACGAAUUGAUUUUCUGUGGUUGUUCUGAUGGAACCGUCCGAGCUUUCAGCCCCGUCAACCUGCACUUCAUCUGCACGCUGCCCCGCCCACACCCCCUGGGCACUGACAUCGCCAGUAUGGUUGACGCCAGUCAGCUGUUCUCCUGCAAGUCGGAGGCUCGAUACCCGGACACGGUGGCGGUGACCUAUGACCCCACCAACCGCUGGUUGUCCUGUGUCUACAACGACCACAGUGUUUAUGUUUGGGAUGUCCGAGACCUCAGGGACCCUCGCAGGGCGGGAAAACUCUACUCCGCCCUCUACCACUCCUCCUGUGUGUGGAGCGUGGAGGUGUCUCCAGAAGGAGGAGGGGGAAGUGAGGGGUGUCUCCCCCCCAGCUCCUUCCUGUCCUGCUCCUCAGACAACACCAUCCGACUGUGGAACCUCGAUGGACACACCACCCUCAACAGGAACAUCCUGAGCCACGACCUGCAGAAGGUCAUUUACGUGGGCGAUAAGCUAACAAGCCUCCUGGACACGGAGAGUGUCGCUGGUACCGGUGGCAACACAGAGAAGGCGGGGUCAUUGGGCUCAGAGGGGCAGCAGACAGACCAGAGCAGGGCAGGCAUUAGGUCCCUGGGUGUCAGUCCUGAUGGACAACAUCUGGCUUCUGGAGACCGCAUGGGGGUCCUAAGGAUCCAUGAUCUGGACAGUAUGGAGGAGAUCAUGAACGUUCAGGCUCACGACUCAGAGAUUCUGUGCCUGGAGUUUUCCAAACCAGAAACUGGUCUCCAGCUAUUAGCCACAGCAGGUCGGGACCGUCUCAUCCAUGUCCUGGAUGUGGACAGAGACUACAGUCUGGUCCAGACUCUGGACGAACACUCAUCCUCCAUCACAGCUGUUAGAUUCACUGCCAAUGACGGCAAAGUGAGGAUGAUCAGCUGUGGCGCUGAUAAGAGCGUCUACUUCCGCACAGCUCAGAAGGUGGAGAAGGGGUUGGAGUUCACUCGGACUCAUCAUGUCGUCAGGAAGAUGACUCUGUACGACAUGGACAUCGAGCCGACCAGGAAGUACGCAGCAGUGGGCUGUCAGGACCGCAGCAUCAGGAUCUUUAACAUCAGUAAUGGGAAACAGAAGAAGAUGUAUAAAGGCUCCCAAGGCGAGGACGGUACUCUCAUCAAGGUGCAGAUCGACCCGUCAGGUCUCUACAUCGCCACCUCCUGUUCAGAUAAGAACAUCAGUAUAUUUGACUUCUACUCUGGAGAGUGUGUGGCCACCAUGUUCGGACACUCAGAGAUCGUAACAGGUUUGAAGUUCAGUCGAGACUGUAGACACCUGAUCACUGUCUCUGGAGACAGCUGUGUCUUCGUGUGGCGUCUCAGUCCAGAGUUGAGCAUCAGGAUGAGGCAGCGACUCGCUGACCUUCGACCUCCCAGCAGCAACUUCAACUCCCAGAAUCCCCAGCAGAGAGCAGUGAGAAUCAGCAGGGAGGCGUCGUCUCCUCGUGUCGUCAACAUGUCGUCUGACAGCGACAAGGAGGAGGAGGAGGAGCUCAGCUGUCAUAUGGUCACAGCAGGGAGCAUGGAGGAGGAGACAGACGUGUGCGAUGAGACAUUCUGCUCUGAUGUCACGAAGGAGGCGUCGGGCAGUCGUCUCCCCCGCCGCCGCUGGUCCAGGAGGACGGGCAGCGCUGACAGUGUCCUGAUGGUGUCGUCCAUGUUGGACCUGAGACAGCUGGACUCGUUCUGUGCCGACAGACAGGUGGAGCAGGCGGAGACGAAGACCUGCCCCCUUGGUGUUAGCUCCUCCCCCUGCAGUCAGCAGAAGGGUUGUCAGGGUGUGGAGGCGGGGCCUCAGAGGGCCAAUCAGGAGCUGGGGAGCACCAUGAGUCUGCAGGUCACCACUGCACAGGUGGAAGACGAUGAGCUGAGGACCAAUCAGAGGCCUGAUUUCAUCCUGCUGUCCAAUCACAGCCCAGACAGGGAAAAUCCAGUGUUGUAUCCUGACCAAUGGGAGGACAGAGUAAGCCUGGCAGGCAGUGAGUUCCAGGUGAAGGAGGCGUGUCCUGAUGCCGCGGACGGACGACGGGACAAACCGAGUCCGGACAGCGGCUGCUCGCCAGGAUCCAGAGCGUCGAGUCGAGAGCGAGCGGCAGGAGACGCCACUGAGCGUCUCAGUGUGGACGGACAUUCCUCCGAGCUGGAGGUGGAGGAGAUGGAGGAGGACGUAGAUGGAGUCUCUCAGCAGGUUCCUCAGACUCCAGACCAGGAAGCUUUCCUGAAGGAGCAUUUUGUCACACUGUCCCACCUCUCAGGAAGUCCGAGCAGAGCGUCUCACAGCUCCAGUGAGAGUCUCAGCAUUUCCUCCAGGUUCCUCACCCAGAAUUCAGCUGGAAGUCGGGCUGUGUUUCCUCUCCCAUCUCGGACCGGCGGGGAAGGAGGGGGAGGAGCUGGGGAGGUGAAGGGCCGUCCUCUGGUCUCUGAAGUCCGACCGCUGAUGGAUCCGUGUCAGAACAGGAUCCAGGACAGGAAGGUAUUGGGGAACCAGGAUCAAACCCAGAAAGAAAGCCAGGACCAGACUUCAACACCUCAGGACCAUGUCCAGUCUCAGAACCAGAUCCACCAGAGACCAGAUCAGCCCCAAAACCAGGUUCAGGAGGAAGAGGAGCACUCAGUGGUGCUGCAAGCGCCUCUGAGGAACAAGGAUCAGACUGAGACCAAGAGGAACCUGGACCCGACGGCCCUGACCACUGCCUCACAUCUGACCUGGAUGUGUGGUCUCCGGAGAGUCCAGUCAGUCCACAGCCUGCUGAGCGACACAGACCAGCCAAUCAGUGUGGAGACCUGCAGGACUCUGACCAAUGAGCUGCAGAGCUGUUUCAAGAGAGCAACUCACCUGUACAGGAAGCUGAGCGGUUCCUCCGCUGAUGACUCCGCCCCCGACCAGCAUCAGAUGGCUGGCCUCCUAUCAGAGGCCUUCCAGGCCAUGAGGGCAGAGCUUGACUCCCUCCCGCUCAGUGGGCCGGGCAUUCUGGGAGUAGAGGGGGGGCUGGGUGGAGUAGGGGAGGUGAAGACAGCCGCUCUGCUGGAGGAAUACUCUCUGCUCCUGCUGCAGGCCGUACACAGGAGGAUCAACAGCGCCCCCUGCUGAACCUCCACCCUUGUCCUCUUCCUCAUUUCAGAGACUGAAGCUGGAGGGGCGUCUGUCCCGUCAAUCUGAAGCUUCUUUACUUUAUUGAUCAUUGUUGUAGAGAAGGAACUUUAUUCUUCUGUCGUUGGAUGUAAAUUUUCUUUGUCGUCACACAGACUUCCUGUUUCUGAUCGGCACUUGUACGUUUUCACUUCCUGUCUGUUGGUUUGAAAUCCGGCGUCGGAUUGUUUCCAACAAUCAAAGAGGUCAAAGUUCAGUUUGAAAUAGUUUUUCUCUAAUUUCAAUAAAAGUUUGAGGCUUCUCUCGAUGGUUGUGUUUAAUGAGAGCUUGAAGCCGAUUGGUCGAGACGAUGCUCUAGUUACUCAAUCAUCCAGGAUGUGAAAACACAGACGCCAUGUUUGAGGUUUCUGAGACGAGUCCGUGUGACGUCAGCGUUAAACUCAUCAAGGACACGCAUGUUCACAUGAAAUGUUUUUAUUGUGUUGAACAAAGAAUCAGAUACAAAGUUUCAAACCUUUGGUGUUUUUAUAACUUCACUUUAUAUUGAAAAGUGUAUUAUUAUUAUUAUUAUUAUUAUUAUUAUUAUUAUUAUUAUUAUUAUGAUGAUGAUGGCUCGGCUCCUUCAUGUCGUUUCUGUGGUUUUAUUUCAGCAAAUGUUCUGAAUUGUCCCAAAACUUUUUAUUUUCAUGUCACAAUGUUGUUUCGAUUGAAACAGUAAUUAAAUGCACAAUAUUCACUUAAAA